AUGUCAAGUUAUUUUGAUGAACUUGGAAUUCAAUCAAAUCAUAACAAGAAAAAAACUUACGACGUUGAUCUUGAUGCUUUUAUGAAUCCACAGUCAGGAUCACUUUCAUCGUCAAGUUAUGGACAACAGGAAGAUACUGUAUCUAAUGUUCAGCGAUUAAUUCAAGCAGCAAACUUUUUUAGACAUUUUCAAGAACAGAUGCAAGCAGAAGGAGAUGCUGAUCAAGAACAAUUUCUAGAUAAUCUCGUUUCACAAUUACUAGAAGAGUCUCAAAGUAAUGCAAAGGGACCGCCACCAGCGUCUAGAAGAUUUAUUGAUACUUUACCUGUGGUAAAACAGGAUAAAUUAAAUAGUGAUGAGACAUGUAUUAUUUGUAAAGAUAAUUUAAAGACAAGCGAAAGUAUUAUAACUCAAAUGCCCUGUGGACAUUAUUUUGAUCGUGAUUGUAUUGUUCCUUGGUUAGAAUUACACAAUACAUGCCCUUUAUGUCGUUUUGAAGUUGAAACAGAGAAAAAGGUACAAGAGGAAGAAGAGGAAGAGCAACGUAGUUGGAUGUAUGGGUAA